AUGCGUUUCUCUAUUCUUCUCUCUCUCCUGCCUUUGGCUAUCUCCGUUGGAGCCAUUAACGUCACCGAGCCUGCCGAGGGUGACAAGGUCGAUGUCUCCAAGUCUUUCUCCGUGAAGUGGACUUCCGUUAACACUGACGCCUCCACCGUUGACAUUGUCCUUAUCAACAACAACAUCUACCCCAACGUCAAGGAGACUGUCGCCUCCGAUGUCAAGACCUCUGAGGGCUCCUACAAGGCCAAGGGUCUGAAGGAUGUCACCGAUGGCACCGGUUAUCAGAUCAACCUGGUCUCCACCGAGGAGCAGAACACCGGCAUCCUCGCCCAGUCCCACAAGUUCGAUGUGACCAAGCCCGAGGAUAGCUCUUCCAGCACCACCACCGGUACAUCUUCCACUGUUUCUUCUGACUCUUCUUCUUCUGCCUCUACCUCUGGUACCACUUCCUCUGCUUCUACCUCUACUGGUACCCACACCACUGAGACCGAUGCUUCCACUUCUGGUACUUUCACCCCAGCCGUGUCUUUUCUAAAACCCUUCCCCGGAACCUUGACCUCUGGCUCCCUUACUACUAGUCUUCUCCAUGGAAAAAGCAGCACUGAUAUCUCUCUCCUCACAGCCACCCAGUCUACCUCUACCGGAACUUCCACUGGCACCAGCACCAAGACUGGUCUGACCACCUCCGCCACUGGCACCGCUACCGGCUCUGCUUCUGCCUCCCCUAGUGCCUCCGAGGGUGCUGCUAUGGCUCUGGUUGCCCCCGGUGCCGCUGCCGGCCUUCUGGCUGGUAUCCUCGCUCUCCUGUAA